AACCAUGGCGGCGGCUUUGGCUCGGCUCGGACUACGGCCGGUCAAGCUGGUUCGAGUUCAGUUCUGCCCGUUUGAGAAGAACGUGGAGUCCACGAGGACCUUCCUCCAGACGGUGAGCAGCGAGAAAGUCCGCGCCACCAACCUCAACUGCUCUGUGAUCGCCGACGUGAGGCACGACGGCUCUGAGCCCUGCGUGGACGUGUUGUUCGGAGAUGGGUAUCGGCUGAUUAUGCGCGGUGCCCACCUCACCACUCAGGAAAUGUUAAGUGCCUUGGCCUCCCACAUCCGGGACAGGAACGCCGCGGCAGCAUCUGCACCGGGCGCAGACAAGGUCGCCCCGGGUACGAGUACCCGCCGCUGAUAUGGCAGAAGAGUCCAACAACCAAAUGUUAGCUUGAAUCUAAAGACAGUGAGUGGUCUGAGAAGACCUGGGCUUUAAUCACUCAAAAUGCUGCAUGGAGCUCAUGAUACGGAGCAAGAACACUAACAACAGGGCUUCUGGGGCAAGAUAAGUAAGUUUGGGUGGUGAAGGGCCCCGACAAAUUGGAAUUUUUCUUUCUCAGUGUUUAACUUUAUUUGGAUCUGUCAACCAAGUACAUUUUAAUUAAAUAUUUAUUGCC